UUCUUCUCUAUCUCUAUAUUAUUUUCUCACAGUGUUUGGUAAUAUUGUUAUUGUCAUGCGCCUAUCACAUAUAUACUAUGCUUUUGCGGAUGCACCUUUUUAUCUUCUUCCACACUAAUCAUUUUCUCCCUUCAACUUUAUUUAUUUAUAUAUCUCUCUCUCUCUUCAUCCAUCUUUUCAUGUUCACCGCCCAGCCCACAGAUUACUAAUAAAUUACUCCGUAUUUAUACACCUGACUACGAUCCAUGGUUGAGACCACCGGCGGCGGCGGUGGCGGUGCUUCCGCCUCCAGCGAUGACAGUUCAAGAACCUGCCCGCGGGGCCACUGGCGUCCUGCCGAAGAUGAAAAACUCCGGCAGCUUGUGGAGCAGUAUGGCCCUCAGAACUGGAAUUCUAUUGCUGAAAAACUUCAAGGAAGAUCUGGUAAGAGUUGUAGAUUGAGAUGGUUUAACCAACUUGAUCCAAGAAUCAACCGGAGGCCAUUCUCGGAGGAGGAAGAAGAGAGGCUUGUGGCGGCUCACCGGAUUCACGGCAACAAAUGGGCGCUCAUUUCCCGGCUAUUCCCCGGCCGGACAGACAAUGCUGUCAAAAACCACUGGCAUGUGUUGAUGGCGAGAAGGCAAAGGGAGCAAUCCAAGCUUUCUGUUAAAAGGACUUACCAACAAGUGUUCAACAACGUUAACGUCAACGAUACAAAUGUUUUCCGGCGAAGAUACAAAUCGCCGGACCCCUCAAACAAAAUCAUCAGCUUCUUCGAAUUCCAAAAUAAUCCCGACAGUAGUAGGCCGACUUUCUCCUUAUCCAAGUAUACCCCUCCGGCCCCGGCCCCUUACUCUUCUCCUCCCCUCAGACCACCCUCAUCAGACUACUCUCUACUGCGCCAUCACAAAAAUAGUACUAACAAAAAUUUAGGUUUUUCUUUAGUCGGAAGCCAUGGUGGUGUAAUUAGGUCAGACCCCCCUAACCUUAAGCCCUGGAAUUUUCUGAAUUAUUCGUCAACGUUCAAUGAUGGCGCCAAGAAUCACGAAAGAGAGUAUUUAUUCAGAGAGAAGAAGAAGAAGGAAAGAAAUGAGCAGCAAGAUAAAGAAGAUGAUGAAGGAGAAGACAAAAGGGAAAGGAGGGAUGUUACCUUCAUAGAUUUUCUUGGUGUGGGGAGUUCUUCUUGAUCACUUUUAUAUAUAUAUUUCUUCCAUCAUAUCUUACAUGGUAUGAUAGGUUAGUUUUACAUUAUUGGCAUGUUUAUCCCCCACAGAAUUUCAAGUUUAAGUUAAACCAUAACUUAGUUAUUUUUCUUUCUUCCCUUCCAUCAACUUUGCAGGUCUAAUCUAUAUAUACCUUACUGCCCAUUAUAUUCUUGAUCCUGAUAAAUUGUUUAAUUAGGAAUGAUUUUAAUGACAUAUAGAUUAUUGGAUAUGAUCAAUGAAGUUUGGGUUGAAUUUGUUA